UUCUUCAGCAUGGUCAUCCUUAUGGUGUUCCUCAGGAUUCAGUACUUGGCGACGUACUUAGAGAAGUCUGUGAUCGUUGCCAGGUCGGAAGGGUCAGUGAGAGAGGAGUCCCCGCAGCUCCUACACGACACCAGUGACAUGCUAGAGGACGUCCUGAAGCAAGGAGGCCUCCCGUCCCAGCUCAGCUACAGCAGCGACUUCCACAGGCUUCAGGAACUCAGCUCUCCUAUAAGCAGGCUCCUGUCCACAGAGCUGUUGGAGCAGAUUCAGGCCAUCACUCAGAAUAUGCCUCAGCUGGUAGAGCGUGUUGAGCAGUUCCUGCGAAGGAACACAAUGAGAGAUAGAAAGGGAAAAACCAUCUUGUGUGAGACCCCUGUGGAUCCCCUGUACCCAGAAUGCUCCAGUAAAAUGGAUUGGAUGCAGAACUUCUGGACCUCAGACCCCUGCUACGCGUCCUACGGUGUAGACGGCUCCAACUGCUCUUUCCUCAUCUACUUGAGUGAGGUGGAGGAUUUCUGCCCUCCACUGGCCUGGAGGAACUACACUCAGCCCAAGAUCCCCCAGAAAGCCGAAGAACACAGACCAGCAGCCUUUCGUCUAGACAUCACUGUCCUGCUGGCAGCGCUGGGUAAAAGCAAGGAGUCACUCAGAUUCAUGGGGAGGCGUAUACGCAGGCUGGCACCACAGUGGGCUACAGCUGCCCGGCGCUUGGAGAAGCGGCUGGUGGGUCAAUGGAGGCAGGAGAAGAGGAUCCUGGUCCACAUGGGCUUCUUGACAGAAGAUGUUUUCAGCUCUGUGGUUUCGAAGGGUGGUCCGUUGGGUGAGAUGGUACAAUGGGCCGACAUCCUGACCGCACUCUAUGUCCUCGGCCAUCGAGUGGAGGUCUCGGCCUCCUUCAAGGACCUGCAAGGGUUUCUUGGAGUCCCCCAAAGAAGAAACAGUUGCCCAGUUACAGGAUCUCUGCCCUUUGACCUCAUCUACACAGACUAUCAUGGCCUACGGCAGAUGAGAGAGUACAUGGGCGUGUCCCUGAAAGCACACCAAUGCCGUAUCCGUGUGAUCGACACCUUUGGGACCGAACCUGCUUACAACAAUAAGCUAUAUGCCGUCAAGAACGGCUACAGGAGCAACUGGGGCCACUGGAACCUGGAUUGCAGACAGUACAUGACCAUGUUCCCUCACACACCGGACAAUUCCUUCAUGGGCUUUGUGGCAGAUGAACUGAGCAAGAGUGAGAAGCUGCACGUAAGCAAGAACAAGGCUAAAAAUAUGGUCGUUGUCUACGGCAAAGACAUCAGCAUGUGGAAGGUGAGGGGGAAGGAACACCUCUUAGAAGUUCUACGCCGCCACAUGGACGUGCAUGCCACUGUCUACCACCAGGCAUGGAGCGCCACGGUAAUGCCCCCGUUCGUGAAGAACCAUGGCCUCCUGUCCCAGAAAGAUCUGCAGAAGCUCCUGAAGAAGGCUAAGGUCUUUGUUGGACUCGGUUUCCCCUAUGAAGGCCCCGCCCCUUUGGAGGCAGUGGCUAACGGCUGCAUCUUUCUCCAGCCGAAGUUCCACCCACCGCACAGUUCGCUGAAUCACAAGUUCUUCGAAGGGAAGCCAACGUCCAGAGAGGUGACCUCCCAGCAUCCCUACAUGGAGCGGCACAUAGGGAAGCCUCAUGUGAUGACGGUCAACUUCAACAACUCCCAGGAGCUCGAGGCCACGAUACAGGAGCUCCUGAGAACCAAGGUGGAGCCUUACCUGCCCUUUGAAUAUACCUGCGAGGGGAUGCUGGAGAGAGUGCACGCCUACAUUCAGCACCAGGACUUCUGUGCGCCCACUGAUCCACUUCCUCCAGCCAGCUUCUCCAAGCUGUGGCCGGGCAACCCCCACAGCCCCUUCGUUUUGCUCUCCAACUCGACGAGGUUAGCCUGGGAGCCCAGCGUACCGGCACCGCCGUCAUGGCCACCGCUGAGCUCGCUGCAGGCGCUCUUGUCGCAGCCAGGGCUGUCGUGCACAGAGACGUGUCGCAGUAUCGCCAUGGUCUGUGAGCCGACCUUCUUCCACUUCAUCAACAGCAAGCAGGCCCUCUCCUCGUUGAAUGUGAGAUGUGAAAUGUGGGAAGUGGAGGCGAACCACAUAUUCCCAGCGGUGUCCAGGGAGCAGAGACGCUGCAGCUUACAGAAGGAGCCGCUACUGUUCAGCUGCGCAGGGCUCAGCGCUCGGCACCGACGCCUUUGCCCUUGUCGGGACGCCCGGCACGGGCAGGUGGCGCUGUGCCGUGACUGCCUGUGA